AUGCUACCGGGGAUCAUCAGACCUACCAGGGAGGGCGAGCGCGCCUUCAAUCCUUACUCCCUGUUAUUGCAGGCUCGCAUCAUUUAUCUGGGCACCGCCGUAGAUGAUGAAGUGUCCAAUGCCAUCGUGUCUCAGUUGCUCUAUCUUGGUUGGGAAGAUUCCGAAGCGGACAUCCUGAUGUACGUUAACUCGCCAGGCGGAUCCGUGCUGGACGGUGAUGGGCGGCAUACAGGUUCGGCCUCCGACAUCGAAAUUACCGCUCAGGAAAUUCUGCGCCUGCGCCAACGCCUGAAUACGAUUCUGUCCGACAAUUGCGGUCAGCCGUUCGACAAGGUUUCGCGCGACUCCGACCGGGACUAUUGGAUGGAUGCCGAGAGUGCAGUCCAGUACGAUUCUCCCCUGCUGCAACCCAGCAACAUUGUCCCCAUGGUCAUCGAAUCGGGCCCCCGGGGUGAACGCGCCUUCGACAUCUAUUCGCUGCUGCUGCGGGAACGGAUAAUCUACCUGGGCACUCCGAUUACUGAUCAGGUUGCCAACGUCAUCAUUGCUCAAUUGCUGUACCUGGAACGCGAAGACCGGGACCGGGACAUUAGUAUGUAUAUCAACAGCCCCGGCGGAUACAUCGCCUCGGGGCUCGCGAUCCUGGACACGGUGAAGCUGAUCAAUUCGGAAGUGUCCACCAUUUGCGUCGGCACCGCCGCCAGCAUGGCGACCGUUCUGCUUGCCAACGGCGCCAAAGGCAAACGAUACUGCCUGCCCAACUCGACUAUCCAUCUGCACCAGCCCAACGUGGGCAGCUUCCAGGGCCAAGCGGCUGACAUCGAAAUUCAGGCUCGCGAGAUCGUGCGGCUCAAAGAGCGGCUCAACAAGAUCCUUUCCGACGCCACGGGCCAGUCGUUCGAAAAGAUCGCUGAUGACACUGACCGCGACUUUUUCCUGACUUCCGAUGAAGCCAUUGAGUACGGGCUCGUGGAUGAGAUUCUGGGCGCGCCGAUUGAGGAAGUCACAGCCGAAGCUGCCUAA